AUGACUGCUCAGUCAGCGUCUCCGCCGGUCAUGCUCCGUAGGCCAAAUGGACGGAUGCAAGCCUGUGAUCCAUGCCGUUCACGCAAAGUGGCCUGCGAUCACCAGCAACCGGUUUGCAGACGCUGCAUUAGCAGAGGCCAAGAGGACGAGUGUGUCUACACGUCUUCGAUGCCUCGGAAGCCACUAUCCUUAAAGCGGCUGUCAUCGCGCGAUCCGGGUGCCCCAGCCGGGGCUACGACUUACACCAGUAGCAACAGCUUUCACGCUGGUGAGUCAAGUCCGAGGACGGCCGGACUGGGGCCGAGCCGGCGGCCUGGGUCCGCCGAGGGCUACAGAUCACUGCGUCGUGCAGAGCUUCGGCGACAAACUAAUACCCACGUUCACGACACCCAAAAGGUGAUACCGCCUUUAGGGCCGUCACAUACUGCCUAUUCCUUCGAGUCACCUGUGGAUUAUGCUGGACGCCGACGUCAGUCGAUAAACCACGAACUCGCUUCGACUACCGCAACCCCAGGGGGCCAUCUUCUCUCGGACAGGGCGUCUACCCCAGCAGGAGAUCAAGAGUCGGGGUACUUGGGGUACAUCAGCCACUCUUCAGUCUUACAAGAGACUGAGAGCAGCCUAUCCAUGAUUCAGGGGUUCCAAGCGUUCUUACCCCAGCUAGCGAGCAAUGGCUCAAGACAGAGUGUCGAAGGGCUCCGAUGUCAUUGUUCACCGACAAAGGAGAUGUGCCUUGUAGUGCUUCGAGGGAUACCCGCCCCAAAUGUGGGCCAUAUCGAGGCCAACAAAGACUCUCCGCUCUAUCGGGAUAGCUGGAUGAGGGUGGUUGGGCAGCGCGUACUCUCCGAUCUGCAUGAGAGGUUUGGUUCUUACUUGGGUCUUUGCCGAGUAGACUCCCAGCUCGAAGAUAUUGCGCAUUUUCUGAGCGAAAACACCACCAAACCAUUCCGAGAAGACGAGCCAGAUCCUGAAAAAUGGAUUGGACAAUUUACGGGGGAUAACCUCAGAUGGGAGUCGAUUGGGUUCAUUUUUAGUUUUAUAUAUUUUUUGCCUGGCGAUUGCACUGCAUUCGACAAAGACGCGGCCAAAAAGCAGUGGGCACAGGUUUCUCGUGUGUGUCUUGGCCUUUGUAUCGAUUUGAGUAGGAGGUUUGCGUCAGCAAACAGUCUGUUAGCCCAGUUGUACAUGCGCCGAUCUACUCUAGAAUCCGUCCAUACUGGAGAUGCUAGCUAUUCCUCAUGGGGGACCGGAGCAGAGUCAGUGGCUUUAGCGACAUUCCUUGGUUUGCAUGCUGAGUCAAAUUCCCCGUCUUAUGAGCCGUCAUUGGCUUCUGAAUCUCGACGACUCCUUUUUGCCCAGAUGUUUGUUGGAGAGAAACACGCAGUAUUGUUUACAGGCCGGCCGCCUCGAUUAUCUCAUCGAUAUGCGUUUACUCCCCUCCCUCUUGACCUACGAGACGAGGACUUACUACAAGGUGGAGAAGCUAUCAAAGAAGCUGUGAAAUCUCUCGAUAAGAAUGGAUGGAACACCAGCGGAAAGGUGUACGCCGCAACUUUCACUCGAGCAAGAUACAUCCUAUCGCUUCUACGAGAUGAGCUGAUCGAAAUUGGCAUUGGCAAGGCAGCACAAAAGGUUGCCUGUGCUCUCCUUCGAGAUGUCAAAGAACGGCAGAUUGAGGCCAUCAAAGACUUCCCUUCGGGAUUAGACUAUAAUCCGUCUGAUCUUGCGGAUCCCGAUGCAAACAUUAACGUGCUAUUUGCGCGAAUAUUACUGCAGCUUGAACAAUUGCAGAAUCUCUUUUUGAUUGAAAGGCUGCUAUUGAAGCAUGGGGAAAUGAACAAAUCUACCCUGCUGCCAAUUAGUUUUCGGCUCGUGGAGUUGACAUUGCUGUUCUGGACGCACAAGGAUCGCUUUGCCCCUUUUAGAAAUGACUUUGAGUGGCUGGUCAUGGCUUUUGCAACCCCUAGCGGAGGUAUACUCUGCAUGGAGCUACUGAAUUCCUCAUUCAAAGGCAGUCAUCCCAAGAACUCCUCAAUAACGCGGUCCAACAUUAUACAGCAACUCAGCCUCCUAAUAGGCUUCCUCGAGUGGAUCGAUCCAUCUAGACCGAAUGGUACCAUGUGCGUGACCACCAGUGCUGUUAUGAGGCGUGUGCUGGACCAUGUUCUCAAUGCGGGCAGCGAGAAUAUGAGCUGGCAACCAGAUAAUGCCCUAGACGACAUGCAACUUGACUUUAACUUUGAACUUUUCGAUACGUUUGACUGGAUUAGACCUGAUGUUCUGACGAACCAGGCGCUGGAGAGCUGAGCCAUAUACAGCGACAAAUAUGUGGCCCUCGUCUUGCUUCUUGUACAUAUUGAAUCGAAAUGAAGCCGAAACUCAUAAUCACGAACAUGGUUUUUUUCACAGGCCGAAUUUUGUUUCA